AUGCGAAGCGUCGCGCAUGCACGGCCACGAACAAACAAAAUGCACCAGCAGGAGCUGGGACCAAGGGACGGUGUGGAUAGACGGUGCGGCUGCUUCUGCGCCUUUUGGCAGAGCGCAGAGCGGGACCAGCCCGGGGGCGCUCGCCUUCUUUCUUGUGCUCAUCGUGCGCCGUCGAAUCUGUCGGGGGCAGUGGCGGACUUCCAUCGCGAAGCAGCGAGGGCUGGGAGGUCCCUGUGCCGCGUUCUGGCCAAGCACGCAGGAACCCCGGAACAUAAGCCGACGCGCAAGCGAGAGCAAACUCAGAGCGGCCCUGUUGUGGCCCGGAAGCCCACGGGCGCUGUGUUGCAUCCUCUGCCAUAG